AUGAAGUCUAUAAUCCGCAGAAGUGUCCCCCCAGGCCCCACCAAUACCGCCCUGGCCAGGCGAGGCCGAAGAUGGCAGUCAACACAAACAACCACGUCUCCCGAGCCUCUCAAGUCCAUCUUGAUAGCCAAUCGUGGUGAGAUCGCUCUACGUGUUGGACGAACAGCAUCUCAGUAUGGUAUCAGGACUACAACUCUGUACACGGAUCCUGACCGGUUGUCACAACAUGCUCUCAGCUCGCCAUUCGCCGUGAACCUCGGUUCGACUGACCAGUAUCUCAAUGGCUCUCGCAUCAUCCAGGUCGCCAGAGAGAAUGGCUGCCAAGCGAUACAUCCAGGCUAUGGCUUCUUGUCCGAGAAUGCUGCUUUUGCAAAGGCAUGUACUGAUGCCGGCAUCAAGUUCAUUGGCCCUCCGCACACCGCGAUCGAGGCCAUGGGCGACAAGUCCAGAUCCAAGGAGAUCAUGAUCGAAGCUGGUGUACCAUGCAUUCCCGGCUACCAUGGUGCUGGCCAAGAUCCGAAACGUUUGGAGCAGGAAGCUGAGAAGAUGGGAUACCCUGUCUUACUGAAAGCUGUCAAAGGUGGCGGCGGCAAGGGCAUGAGGAUUGUGAUGAAGGCCGAUGAGUUUCAGAGUCAGCUGGAGUCUGCCAAAUCUGAAGCACGAUCGAGCUUUGGAGACGAUGUGAUGCUGGUUGAGAAGUAUAUCACCACACCACGACAUAUUGAAGUGCAAGUCUUCGCCGACAAGCAUGGGAACUGCGUGGCUUUGGGAGAGCGAGACUGCAGCAUCCAGAGACGUCAUCAGAAGAUUCUGGAAGAGUCGCCUGCCCCUAACCUGGCUGAAGAUGUCAGGCAAGACUUGUGGGAGAAGGCUAGGCAAGCGGCGCUUGCAGUUGGAUACGAAGGCGCUGGCACUGUUGAGUUUAUCUUUGAUAACGACACCGGCGAGUUCUUUUUCAUGGAGAUGAACACUCGACUUCAGGUUGAGCAUCCAGUUACUGAGAUGGUGACUGGUGAAGACCUCGUAAGAUGGCAGAUUAUCGUUGCCGAAGGAGGAAAGCUGCCUCUUACCCAGGACGAGGUACACGAACAGAUCAAGACUAGAGGUCAUGCCAUCGAGGCCCGUAUCUACGCCGAGGAUCCAACGAUGAACUUCAUUCCUUCUACUGGCAAGCUGCUACAUUUGCGCACGCCGGUUGAAACAGAGUCGGUGCGAAUUGACGCUGGCUUUGUACAAGGCGAUGAAGUGUCAAGUCAUUACGACCCGAUGAUUGCGAAGUUGAUCGUCAGUGGUCCAGACAGAACUGCCGCCCUCCAGAAAAUGGUCACAGCGCUUGAAGAGUAUGAAGUUGCGGGACCAACCACGAACAUCGACUUUGUGAAGCGAGUCUGUCAAAGUCCGGAUUUCAUCGCAGGUGAUGUUGAGACCGGGUACAUCUCGAAGCACCACGACAAGCUGUUCGCCAAGGAAGACAUCACGAAUGAGGUGUGGACUCAAGCAGCGAUCGGCCUUUACGAAGCAGAGCAAGCACGAAGGCAUGCACCCAACGCACCUGUGCAGCCACAGCAGACUGUCGGCUUUGGAAACGCCCCACAACCACGAGAAUUCCACCUCGUAGAAACAUCCACAGAUCCUCAAAAGACCAACAAGCCUGUGCACGUCCGCGUGCUGAAGACAGCAGCGGACACAUACCAAAUCACAAUCAACGACGAGACGUUCACAGCAACGUCCUCAUACCACCUCGAUACCAACAUCAUAACAUCCUUCUUCCCCCACACCAGAAUGUCCACAACCCUCAUCCGCGAUCCCGAAACCAACCACCUUACCCUCUUCCAACAAGGUCGCCAAUACAACAUUCACCUGGCACUUCCCAAAUGGGCAGAGAAAGCCUUGGGCAUGAAAGAUGUCGCCAACUCUGUGCUGGCGCCGAUGCCCUGCAAAGUGCUCAGAGUUGAAGUCAACGAAGGCGACAAAGUUACGAAGAACCAGCCGCUGAUCGUGAUUGAGAGUAUGAAGAUGGAAACCGUGAUCCGAAGUCCGCAGGAUGGAAUCGUCAGCAAAGUGGUGCAUAGGCAGGGAGACGUGGUUAAGGCUGGGACGAGCUUGAUCGAGUUUGAGGGUGGGGAUGAGGUGGAAGGGUGA